CUGCUUGUGUUUCGCGAUCUGGCAGACCCCGCAAGGGGAGAGACUGUCGCGAUAGUCCACCCCGGUACCCGUGUCCUUCCGAAGGAUGUCCAGGCUCCGAGCAUUGAGAUGUCCAAGCCUCCUGUGCCAGGUGUCCGCGCUCACUAGCGUAAAGCAGACGGCGUUCGCCGUGUGGGUCUGUGACUGCUUCUGGUGGGGCACGAGGGAUUUCGUGCCAGAUGGCUGGACGUUCUGCUCGAACGUGAUGUCGAGGGUGCACAUGCCUUGGUCUCGCGGAUCUUGUGUAAGUGGAAUCACCUUGCCUUGGAUAGUGAGGUGCGGCGUGCUCCCUUCGACGACGCAGCGCAAUCCCUUUUUCAGGGGGGAGGUGGGGCGAAAAAAUGUUGCAACCAAGUCCCGGAACGAUGAGUCCCUGAAUCCGCACGCGCAAUUGCUGUCCUCGAUUGUCCUUGACGGUGCAGUGUAGGAUGCCCGUGGCCGUGCCUUUGAGUUGUCUUUCUCCGGCCACGUCCACGAUCUUUGGAGAGUUUCGCUGGGUGUAAUCGUGGAGGUUUCCGUCGGGGAUGAGGCGAUUGUCAAACAUGGUCUCCGAUGCUCCCGUGUCUACCAGCAGGCCUACCCCGGUGGAGCUCGCGGCGAAGUUGCGUCCUGAGAUGCGGGAACACGUGCCGAACAUGAAGCCGCUGUCAAAGGCGUCCUCGUCCCGGGUGAAGUCGACAACUGCCACUUCAUUGUUUGAGUCGUGCUUGUUGGACGCCGACGAGCAGUGAGUGCAGUUGGAGCACGCGGUGAAUGCUUUACUUGAGUCCUUGGUGUCUUCCGGGCGCUUUCCUCCUUGUUGGUAGCAUUCCUCGUCCGAGUGAGACGUGGUGUUGUGCUUGGAGCACCACUUGGUAGCUCCGGCGGGCUUCGUUUUCUUCUUCGCCCUGUUCUUAAUCUUGGGGCAGUUACUCCUGAUGUGCCCCGGCUCGUAGCAGCUGUGGCAGAUGAUGUCAGACGCGGUCGUUGCCAUGGCAAAUCCUCGACCAGCUUCCCUUGCGCGAUUGUUCGUCCAAGAAGAUGUUGCGCAUGGUGGAUUGCAUGUCCAGGACGUUGAAGGUUGGGUCUCUGAACACCAUCAGUUUGACGUCCUUGUAUUCGUCGGAGAAGCCCUGUACGCAGAUGUCCUUAAAUCGGCGGUCGGAGAUGGGUUCUCCCAUCUUAUCCAGCUGGGUGCGAAGUAGGUGCUUCUGGUUGAAGUAGUCGUCGGGAUUUUCACCAGGGUUCAUGGGGUUGUUCUCCAGCUCCUCCAUCUUGGCCCUGAUGACCUCGUCCGUUACCCUGUCAUAGUUGUUGCAGAGCUCCUCGAAGGCAGCUUGUCCGUCGCCGCUGAUGCCAGUGUCGUCUUCGUGCUUCUGUAUCGACAAGGCAGCUGGAAGUUCCACGAUGAGGAAAAGAAUGGCGUAGAGAUCUUCGUUUGCCCUUGUGUAGGAGUCGAAGGCCGCUGUGUCUGCGGGAUCUGGCUUCCUUUGUUUCUUCAGCAGUGGCAGGAUGUCCUUCCUGGUCACACCUAACACCACGCAGAAUUUCUUCAUCCAUGUCUUGAACUCAGCUGGGUCCUUUCCGUCGAAUUUCUUGAGGCCUUUGAUCACGGUUGCCAGGUUCGUAGAACUAUCGCUGGCGAACGCGCUUCCACCUCCUGUGUUGCUCGUUGCAGUAUCCAUUGCUCGUUCCAGCUUUAUUUCCUUCGUCUUGAUAAAAGUACUUCCUGCUGUAGGAGUAAGUUUGCUCGUGGAACUACUGCCUGUACCCGAU